UGCGCCAUGACGCCGUUUCAGUUCAUCAUAAUCAUGUCGUCGACAGUUACAUCAACCAUAUCCAAAUUGCUGGUCGACGAUGAGGAUGGCAGCCUCACGACCCCCCAAAUCAUCACUAAAUAUGGUUACAAAGCAGAAACACAUCGAAUUGAAACCUACGAUGGUUACAUAGUGGAAAUGCAUCGGCUGACGGUAUCCCCUAGCAGCGGAAAGUUCGAUCCCCGAAAACCACCGGUGCUGAUGAUGCAUGGUUUGUUGGGGUCGUCGGCUGACUGGAUCAUGAUUGGACCCCAUAAUGGACUGUCUUACUUGCUGUCCGAUCGUGGAUACGAUGUUUGGUUGGGCAAUGCUCGAGGAAAUCGCUACAGCAGAGAACACACCUACUUAACGGCGGAUAUGACAGAGUACUGGGAUUUUACGUGGCAUGAAAUCGGUGUCUAUGACGUUCCUGCUAUGAUAGAUUAUGUUUUGAAAGUAAGAAAUUUCACGAAACUACACUACGUCGGAUAUUCUCAAGGAACGACGGCUUUUCUUGUGAUGACUUCUUCGAUGCCGAAGUACAAUGAGAAAAUUAUUAAACUCCACGCAAUGGCACCGGCUGCCUACAUGUCACACUUGAAUAAUCCCGUCUUCAGAUAUUUGUCAAGUCAUCUGAGUACUAUAACGAAUCUGGUGAGCGCUCUUGGGGUCAACCAAUUUAUGCCAGCUAGUCCGAUGUUUCCCCAAAUUGCAAGUGCUAUCUGUUCCAAGAGUGUGCAGCAGUGUUUCAACAUCAUGUUUGUAUUAUCAGUUGGAGAGUACAAAAAUCUCAACCCACAAAUUAUUCCCAUACUGGUCGGGCACAUACCUGCAGGUGCCUCUGCCAAGCAAAUUUUCCAUUACGCUCAAGAAAUUACGUCCGGACAUUUCCGUCAGUAUGAUUAUGGCGUUGAUAACAACACUGAAAUAUACCAUCGACUGGAUCCUCCUGAUUACGAUCUUUCGAAGGUGCUCACUCCGGUUGCCAUUUACUACAGUUUAAGCGACCAGUUGGCUCACCCCUCGAAUGUUGGACGGCUUGCUCAAGAACUGCCAAAUCUUGUUUCACUGAACCAACUCCCCAACCCCGCUUUCAGCCAUAUGGACUUCAUACUGUCAACCAAUGCCAAGGAUGAACUCUACCAAGGUAUAAUCGCCAGCAUAGAAGCUGAUACUCGACAUGCCCAACGGUUCAACAAUCUCCAUUGACAGUGAGGAGGGCCCGCAUUAUUCCACAAAGAUCAUUAACAAUGACGUUCGCAUUCCUCCGUCACCGCUAUCAUGGACAUGGACGUAGCCCUGGGUUGCAAUUAGAAAAGCAAACUUAUGCCAGUGAAAAGUAACAAAGACAAAAACAUGGCAGCAGGGAACAGAGCACAUACAGCGAAAGUGUUAUAAACAUUGUGAUACUUACCCCUCUGAUAACGUCUAUGAAUUUACCACCGUGGAAAGGUAAACAAACGAACAAUUAAAU